AAUAGUGUAAGUGAAUUGUGAUGACGGUGAUGACUCGUUGCAACUCUGUGUGACUGUGUGACUGGUGCUGUUGGUUGCUUCUGGUUCGUUGAAAAAAGUGGCGUGAUCAGGUGUACAAUAUUUCGUGGUGACACAAAUCAACGAUGAAGUCGACAAUAACACGUUAUAUACAUUAUACACGUUUUAUAAUUAUCAUAAAUAUUAUAUACAAUAUUUAACAGUUGUUAUUUAAAUUUUAUUUAUAAACAUUUUAAAUUUUUUUCAUUGAUAAACAAGUUAAUAGAAAAAAAAUAACAAAUAUCUCGUUUGAGUCAAGCACGUUAGUGUAUUUCUAAUCACAAGGUGUUAAUUAGAUAUUUUUAAAAAUUAAAAUAAUUUAUUUUUAAAUAUUAAUUAGUAAUUAAUAUAAUAAAUUAAAAAUGGAUCGGAGUACGUCAGUGACAACGUAUUCACAACAACAUUUAGUUGUUAAUGAAGAAAUAAAUAAUUCUGGUAGUUCAGAUGUUAAACAAUCUAAUUCAAGUAUUAAUAAUAAUAAUAAUAAUAGUAAUACUAAAAUUAGUAAAAAAGAAUGGAUUACAGUAUUGAUACUUUGUUUUAUAAAUCUUAUUAAUUAUAUGGAUAGAAUGACUAUUGCUGGAAUAUUAGACGAAAUACAAACUCAUUUUAAAGUUGAAAAUGAUACAGUUGGAUUAUUACAAACAGCAUUUAUCGUAAGUUACAUGAUAUUUGCACCAUUAUUUGGUUAUCUUGGUGAUCGUUAUAAUCGUAAAAUAAUCAUGAGUGUUGGUAUAUUUCUUUGGUCUUUAACAACACUUCUUGGCUCUUACCAAAAUAAUUUCUAUUGGUUUUUAUUCUAUAGAAUGUGUGUGGGUAUUGGUGAAGCAAGUUAUUCAACAAUAGCACCAACAAUAAUAAGUGAUUUAUUUAUAAAAGAUACUCGAUCAAAAAUGUUGGCAUUAUUUUAUUUUGCAAUACCAGUUGGUAGUGGUCUUGGAUAUAUAACUGGUAGUAAAAUGUUAAAAUUAACUGGACAAUGGCAAUGGGCAUUACGUUUAACACCACCACUUGGUAUAUUAACAAUAUUAUUAAUAUAUUUAUUUGUACGUGAUCCACCAAAAGGUGAAAAAGAAGGUGGUUCACAUGUUACAACAACAUCAUGGUCAAAUGAUAUUAAAGCACUUAUUAAUAAUCCAAGUUUUAUGUUAUCAACUGGUGGUUUUACAUGUGUAUCAUUUGUAACUGGUGCAUUAUCAUUUUGGGCACCAAAAUAUUUACAACUUGGUAUUGAUUUACAAAAUAAUGGUAUUAAUAAUCAAUUAGAUAAUAAUAUUAAUAAUGAAAAUGAUAAUAGUGCAACAUUUUCAUUUGGUGUUAUUGCAAUGACUGCUGGUAUUAUUGGUGUACCAUUGGGUUCAUAUAUGGCACAAAAAUUAAGACUAAGAUGGCAACAAGCUGAUCCAUUAAUUUGUGCAUUUGGUUUAUUUAUAAGUGCACCAUUUGUAUUUUUAGCUCUUAUAAGUGCUAAUGGUAGUACGUAUGUUUGUUAUGUACUUAUAUUUUUUGGACAACUUUUAUUAAAUCUCAAUUGGUCAAUUGUUGCUGAUAUAUUAUUGUAUAUUGUUAUUCCAACGAGAAGGUCAACUGCUGAGGCAUUUCAAAUACUCGUUGCUCAUGCAUUGGGUGAUGCUGGUAGCCCAUAUCUCAUUGGUGUGGUUUCCAAUGCUAUCACACCAAUGGUCAGAGAAUUAUCAAUAAAUACAAAUGAUAAAUUUAUUGAAUUUCGUUCAAUUCAAUAUGCAUUAUUUUUAACAAUAUUCAUUGAAAUUAUUGGAAGCUUAUUUUUCUUUAUAACUGCAUUACAUAUUGAAAAGGAUAAAUCAGUUGUUGAUUUGACAAUUGCUGGUGAGUCUAGUAAUAGUAAUAUCCAGAAAACCAACAAACAUGUAAACACAAUACAAAUCACUGGUAAAUCGUGAAACAAGAAAACAAACAAACAAACAAACAAUCACAUGAGCACAGAAAAAAAUAAUAUCCAAAAUGUCAUACAGUAAUAUUGUAGAAAAAUAUUUGAAUCUUUAGCAUGACAGUAGAGAAUUUCUAAAAGAAAAUUUGUUAAUUUUUAGAUACGUUAAUUAUUAGUUGGAUUAAAAUUUAUAACAGUUAUUAGAUACUAAUAUUUUUUUUGUUUUUUUUUGCACAGUGCAUGCAUUAGUGACAAGUUUGGAAUUAAAACAACAAAAUUUGAGGUAGUUGGUGGAUCCAUGUUGAUCAUUAACAAGUUAAGCGCCAAGAUAUUAAAUUAAUCAUUGAUAAAAUCAAGUAAUUUAUUUUUUUUUUCAUUUAAAAUAAUAUACUUUGUUGAUUAAUUUAUAGUUAACAGUAUUUUUUUUAAUAGAUUUUUUUCCUUUUUUUAAUAAGAAAUGGAAGAAACGAAAAAAUUUUGUUGGCGCUUAAUGAGUUAGAAAGAAUUUUACAUAGAAAAUUAUAUAUAUUUAUUUGAAAAAUGAAUUGUAGAAAAAUGGGGCUUGUGGAAAAUAAUUAAAUUGUUAAUAUUAAAAUAAUAAAAAAAUUACUUAUGCAAUUAAUAAUAAUGCAAUAUAUUUUUACACAUGCACUUAACAUAAUAAUUAAUUUUAUUUUACGCUUUCAAUGCAGCAUGUAUUGAGCCUCAACUUUUCCUUUUGUUUUUAUUUUUUUUUUUGCUUUUUUCAGUAUAAAAUUUAAAAUCAUAUUUCUUGCAGAAAAUUUUCUAGAAACUAAGAAUAAUGGGCAAGCAGAGUCAACGCGUUUAUAGAA